AAAACAAAGAAGAGGCAGCGGCUCGUUCUCACGCUCAUGCAGGCGUACCAAAAAUCCCUUAAUUUGCCAAUCCCACCCCCGAUUCACAACACCCGCCCCAACGACGACACAAAUAGAAGCACAAAACCAAAACCCCCCUCUCACAAAAAUAUACCCUCUCUCUCAUCAACCGCCUCAAUCUCUCGCUUUACUUCCCCCGUUCUCUGAAUAAUCAAUCAGCUAUUUUCCUUGCCAUGCGGUAGCGCUCUCCGACGCCGGAACUCCUAGACGCCGGUUGAAUUUCCGGCAUAAUUUCCUGGAUUUCGGUUUUUGUAGUUGGACUUUCCGCGCUAUUCGAUUCGAUUGCGCUUUCAGUUUGGGAGCUUGUAGAGGUUUUAUUAUUUUUUUCUUUUUCUUCUUAAAUAGUAUCUAAGUUGCGUACAAGAGAUUUAUAGAUAAAAAACAACAUGGCUGGGGGUCGUAGAAAGGGAGGCAACAAGGCCAAAGCUAAGAGUCAGUUGAGUAUGGGAGAUCUUGUUCUCGCCAAAGUCAAGGGAUUUCCUGCCUGGCCUGCCAAAAUUAGUCGACCUGAAGACUGGGAUCGAGCUCCAGACCCUAAGAAACAUUUUGUUCAAUUCUUUGGAACACAGGAAAUAGCUUUUGUUGCCCUGCCUGACAUUCAGGCAUUCACCAGUGAGUCAAAGAGUAAAUUGUUAGCUCGGUGUCAAGGUAAAACAGUUAAGUAUUUCGCCCAAGCAGUGAGGGAAAUUUGUGGUGCAUUUGAAGAGUUAGAGAAGGAAAAAUCAAGUGAAUUGAGAUCCGAUGCUGAUAGAUCAGCACCUGGUUCUGAGACUGUCUCUGUGGAUGGGGCAGAGGCUGACUUAAAGGAUGGGGCUGGUGCUGUCAUACCUAAUGGAGAAUCAAAAAAGGAAGAAAUAGGUGAUUUUAGUUCUAAGUUGGAGCCUUGCUCUAAUAGUCGAGGAGAAACUGACAGUGAGGAUAUAAAACCUUCUAUUUCAUGUAAUCCAUCUGAUGAUAUUUCAUCUCCGGCUAUGUCAUAUGAGAAAAAGAUGAAAAUAUCCAAUGGGCUGCAAUCAAAAGAUGGACUAUCCACAUCUGCUUCAGACAAUGUUUCUAAUGUAAAAGAGGAAGUUUCUUGUGAUAGAAAAGAACAUAUUGAUCGGGUUAAGCAUCCUAUUAAAGGACAGAAGUUAUCUGCAAUUGGUCACAAGCUGAAGAAAAUGGCUUCUGGGUCAAAUAGGGGAUAUGAGGUUGUAGUUGAAGGACACAGAGGUAGCUCUACUGUAACAUCACUGAAGGAUGAUUGUUCCAGUAUCGGCGGUGAUCUCCCUGAUUCUGUUGAGCAAUUUAAAGACACAGUAAAAAAGAAAAUUACAUCUGAUGGCAGCAUGAUGGAAUUUUCAUCUGUUGCUUUGAAGUCAGAUGUAAAUGUCGGUGGUGGAAAAAUAACUAAAGAUGUGCUUAAAUUGAAAAGAAGCUUGAAAGUAUCAGAUGAUAACACUGUUGCUAAUUCCAGGGAUGAGGCUUGCGGAAAUAAAAAAGGUGCCCAACCUGGGACAGCUGGGAAGGUUAAGAUAGGAGCAAAUGACAUUUUACAUCCUGCCAAAAAGGCCAAGGCUGUAGAUUCGAAAGAUGAUUCUAUCAAGGCAUCUCUUUCUAAAAGUGUGAAGAGUGGUUUUUCAAGUUCUAUCACUGAUGGCAACAAAGCAUUUAAACACUCUGACUUGAAAUGGUCCCCAUCCCAUGUGAAGUCUGAUAUGGUUUUGGCAUUGCAAGCUCAAACAAGUAGAAGUAAAGUUGAAUUUGAUGUUUCUGGUGAUGAAGCUGUACUGCCUUUAACUAAGCGACAUAGGCGGGCUUUGGAGGCUAUGUCUGAUUCUGCUACUAUUAAUUCUGAUGAUAAAAUGGGGAAAAAGUCUCGUGAAAUGAAGAAUGAUAUGUCAUGUUCUAAUAAUAAUAAACCUCCAGCGCCCCAGUUGCCGAAAAGACGGAGACCUGUUUGCCUAUUUGAUGAAGAUGAUAAUGAAGAACCCAAAACUCCAGUUCACAGAGGGUCUGCCAGAAAUGUGAAAGCUCCUUCUGAUAAUUGUAGAAGUGCUGCACAUAAUGAGAGUCAUGUUAAUGCUCAGCAGAAUGCUAGUGCUAAAGAUUCUGUUGGAAUUGAGAAUAUGCCAAUGGAAUCCUCAUUGCAAAUACAUAACGAAUCUGUGUCACCUUCCCAACCAGAAAAUUCAGAAAGGGGGCCUGAUUCUCAUUGUGCAAGCAGUCCUGGGAAAGCAGAAUCUGAGCAAUCACCAUUGAAGGAGGCUAAUGCAAUAUUGGUUUCUCCUAAAAGGUCUCCUCAUUUGGUUUCCAAUACCAGGAAAACUGCGGAACAACAUAAAGCCUCAAAACCCACAGUUACUAAAAGUUCUGGUGCUAAUAGUCAGAAAAAAGUUCAGGCAAAGUCUGGUAAGGGUUCUGUUCUUGCUUCUGAUACCAUAAGCUCUCUUCAAAAUCAGGUUGCUAUUCAAAAAAAUAGGGCAGCCUCUUCUGGAGAUUUAACAAAAACCACUGCAAAAGCAGCUUCACAUGUGAGCGAUGCAACUCAUUCGACAGAAACUGCACUAGAUCACAGUUCGUUGCCCAUCGAAAUAAUGGAGUCUAGUGGAGAAGAUAGAAGCAGUUCGAUCUUGGAUUCCAAGGCUGCGGACUCUGUUAUGUCCAUGAAACAUCUUAUUGCAGCUGCUCAGGCAAAAAGGAAACAAGCUCACUCCCAACAAUUUUCUCUUGGAAAUCCUAAUGCUGCUUUUACUUCAGUUGGUGAGGUCCAAGGGAGGAGCCCUAGCCCCUCUUCUGUGCAACCUUCUUUGUCUGGCACCAACAAUGUGCGACAGGCAGAUAUGCAUGGAUUUAAUAAUCAUACUAGUUUAAUUUCUCCUUCAACUGAUGGUCAUCAGUUGGCAACCCUUAGUCAACUAGAUAAUGAUGAAAUCGAGGAAAGAAGAGUUAGUUCGGGACACAGAGCUGGUGGAGGCUCACUGAGUGGUGGUACUGAAGCCGCUGUUGCUCGUGAUGCAUUUGAAGGAAUGAUAGAAACUUUGUCAAGGACUAAAGAAAGUAUUGGACGUGCAACUCGUCUUGCCAUUGAUUGUGCCAAGUAUGGUAUCGCUAAUGAGGUUGUGGAACUUCUUAUCCGCAAGUUGGAGAGUGAGCCUAGUUAUCAUCGUAAAGUGGACCUGUUUUUUCUUGUGGACUCCAUCACUCAGUGUUCCAAUAAUCAAAAAGGUAUUGCUGGAGCUUCAUAUAUUCCUGCUGUUCACUCUGCAUUGCCACGACUUCUAGGUGGUGCUGCUCCACCUGGAAAUGGGGCUCGUGAAAAUCGUCGUCAAUGUCUCAAGGUUUUACGUUUGUGGCUUGAGAGAAAAAUUUUGCCUGAAUCUCUUUUACGGAAAUGCAUGGAUGACAUUGGAGUUUCAAAUGAUGAGUCGACGUCUGGGUUUUCUUUAAGGCGACCAUCUCGAGCUGAGCGUGCUAUUGAUGAUCCAAUCAGAGAAAUGGAGGGCAUGCUUGUUGAUGAGUAUGGAAGCAAUACUACAUUUCAGUUGUCUGGCUUUCUACCUUCCCAUGUGUUUGAGGAUGAAGAAGAAGAAGAAGAUCUUCCAAGCAGCACUUAUAAAGAAGUUGAUGAUGCAUCACCAGUAGAGCAAAGACGUGCUUCAGGAGAGUCAGAAACAUGCACUGUUACUCCCAACGAUAGGCGUCAUUGCAUUUUGGAGGAUGUGGAUGGGGAGCUUGAAAUGGAAGAUGUUUCUGGUCAUCCAAAGGAUGAAAAUGAUUCCUUUGAAAUAGAAUCACAACAGCAUGGCUCAGAUAGGAUGUUGGAGUCAGUUUCAAAUAAUUUCAGUGAGUUCCCCCCUUUACCUGACGGUUCUCCUCCAUUGCCUCCAGAUUCUCCUCCUCCCCUGCCGCCCUUGCCUCCAUCACCACCACCACCUCCUCCUCCAGUGUCUUUUCCUUCUCCUUCUCCGCCACCUCCACCUCCGCCUCUUCCAUCACAGCCACUGCCACCUCCUCCUCUUUUGGGGCUGCCACAAUCUAUGGUACCACAAUCAUCAGUGGUACAGUCACAACCUUCAUUAGUGUCUCAACCGUUACUGACACUGCAGUCAUCAGUUCAGUCUUCACCUCAGUUGGCAUAUCAACCAUCUGUUCCUCGUGAAUAUUGCAACACACCCAGUGGUAAUCAAAUUGUCCAAGUAUCUGGGAAUACUCCUCAUGGAGGUCAUAUUGAUAAUACUGUGAAAAAUGAAUUAUUUACACAGCAAUCACCUUUCUUUGUACCAACAGGAAUGUGCAGUUCUCGAGAACCUUCUGGAUAUAAUUCUUCAAGGCAGUUGGAAUAUGGUCAUAAUGAUAUAUAUUUAAAUCCCCAAGCUUCUCAACCAAACCAGCAAUUUCAGCAAAGCAAUACACCAUAUUUGCAAAGACCUCUGCAUCCUUCCCUGCCUCAAACCUCUUCCAAUCAUUUCUCAUUUACAAAGCCAGGGAUCCAGCAACAUCCUCAUCAGCAUUACCCCUGCCCAUAUGCAAUGCCACACCCUGAUAACCAAAGGCGAUAUGUAGGUGAUGAACAGUGGAGGAUGUCAUCAGGUGAAUUUAAUACAGAGAGUCAGCAUGGUGUGUGGAUGGGUGGGAGGAGAACCCCCCCUCAAUCAGGACCUACAUUUGUCCAAGAAGGUUACUUUCAGCCACCUAUUGAAAGACCACCUACAAAUAAUAUGGGUUUUCAGCUACCUGCCACAAACAAUUUACCAGCUGCACCUCCAAUACCAGGUCACAAUGUUUCCCAGAUGUUGCCAUGUAGACCAGACAUGUCAACACUUAAUUGUUGGAGACCAGCUUAAGAAUAAACCUAAAGCCUUCUUAACUGCUUAAGUGUGUGGAUUGUGAUACAAGUUAAAAACUCACAAUAGAUACUUCUCAAAAGGGGGGGUUCAUCGUGUGACCAUAUCCGUUUACAGCUUGAAGGCAGUGUUAUUUAUGGAGACUAUUGGCAGGACUGUGUAUAUGUAAUUUUUCCUGACAAAUGUAUCCAGGGAACAUAUGCUUCCAAGUGUAGGCUCAUGUUUCUGACUUGGUUUGGGCAUAUUACAAAAGCUGACAACUCUUAAUUCAUUGGGUUUUUAUCUGGUUUUCCAUUGAAGAAUAAUGUCUGAAUUUCCUGGAAGAGCAACUACAUUGAAAUCUGGAGGUAAAUCUUUGACAUGGACUUUGUGCCGAGGCGGUUCUCUUUUUACAAAUGUCAUUUUCGUAUAGAGUUAAUUUAUGAAGGUGGUCUCAAAAUUAGUCUUCUGAAAAUAAUAUAGCCAUCCACUUGGAAACUUUUGCCCAUGGAAGCUGGUGGCUAUCGUCUAAUUAACUUGGGAGUCCCUUGAUCUCCAUGUCAACGAUAAAGGAAGUUUGAAGAUUUGGUUUAUAAUUCAGGGCAAAGCCAUAAUUGUAGAAGUCAGGAUUUUGGAGCUGGCUGCUGCACAUUUUAUUAAUACAGAAUUGCAGAAAGAAUGCAGCUUUAGUUAAGAGUUUAACAAAGUAUUACGGCUCAAACUUGAACCAUCAACAUAACUACUGUUUGUCAACUGCAAUUUUGUCAAAAUUAUGGAUAUAAAUUUGAUCACGUAACAUUAGCAGGUA